AUGUUACGAUGUGGACGAAGACGAUGUCACCAUGAAGGUACGGUCCGGUGUCGUACAAGAUCCACCAGCCACUACCGCUUACAGAUUGUCACUUUGAUAAAAGAAGAUGAACCAUUGGGAGCGACAGUAAAGAUCAAUGAACAUAAUGGCACAGUUUCCGUCACACGGAUUAUGAAUGGUGGGGCAGCCGACCGAAGCAAGGCAAUUGAUGCUGGAGAUGCCAUUCGAAAAAUCAAUGGUAUAGCCGUCCAAGGUAAAGGCCCGAUGGAAAUCGUCCAGUUAUUACUCAAAACAACCGGCGAGGUCAAGCUAAAUCUGGCACCAUCAACACUGACACAAAGAACACCAGACCAGAAUCAGGUUCACGUUAGAACCUUAUUCUCCUAUAGCCCACUGUCGGACCCACUAAUCCCUCAUCCAGAAGCGGGUCUUGCUUUCUUGAAAGGUGAGAUUCUACGACUAAUAAAAACGGACGAUCCUAACUGGUGGAAGGCUAUCAAGGUAGAAUUCGCCCCCGGCGGACCAGUAGCCUCUGUUUUAGGGAGCAAUGCCAACCAACCGGGACUAGGACGCGUCGGUCUCAUUCCUAGCAAGUCACACAAAGCAUGGAAGAGUGGAUAUCGGUCAACACACGAAGGAAGCAGUGAAGAACCAGUAUUCUACGAAGAAGUUGAACGCUAUUUCCCUGAAGAAGGCUUCUAUAGACCAAUCGUACUAGUUGGCCCUCCAGGAGUUGGGAAAACAGAACUGGUGCAGCAACUGAUCAACACAGAUCCGACUCAUUUUCGUGAGCCAAUACGAAUCACUACCAGGAAGCCAAGGGAAGGUGAAGUGCACGGUGUCGACUAUUUGUUCGUUACGGACGAUGAAUUCAACACAUUUGUCGAGGCAGAGAGCUUGAUCGAUCAGUCGCCAGUGACCACAGAAGGAGCCAUCGGUUUAUGUCUGGACGCUGUGCUGGAGAUCAUUCAGGCUGGACAGGUUGCUGUUUUCGAGGCAGACUACCGUAACCUUCGGUUGGUUCGAUCCAGCAUAUUAAAGCCUUUCGUCAUUUUUAUUAAACCACCUGCACUGGAUGUGCUCUUGGAGACACGACUGAUUCAACGAAGUCCUGGUAGUACUGAAGCGUCCACUUCAAGUUCCACAGCAUCAGCUGGUGCCUCACCAGCCCGGUCGGUUCCUACAACGCCUAGACUGACUGGUUCGCAUCGCGCUAACCGACGUUUGGGCUCCCUCAAUCUUAUUCGUCUAAGGCAGUCAUUACGCAAGUCUGACGAAGAACUGAGAUCUCUUGGUCUCAAUAUCACGUCAUCCUUGGACCAACUUCGUUUGACAGAUCAUUUCUCGAAGAGCAAGCUGAAUGAAACUCAACUGCACGAGAUGCUUCAAAUAGCCGCGCGGCUGGAAGUAUCACACGGUCACAUGUGGGAUUAUGUUCUAAUUAAUGACGACCUUCCGGUAGCGCUGGAGCAGUUGUCUGAAUUGGCCUAUCGAAUCGAAACGGAGGCUUUCUGGGUCCCAAGUAUGUGGGUUGCCGCGGCAGACUCCUCCAGUACUGAGCCGCGAACAAAUGAUCCCAGGGGUUCAGCGAUUGCUAUCAAAUGAAGUGCUUUUGAAGGAUACCUCAUACAAACUUCUCUCUUGAAACGGAUUGCGAUAUAUCAAGCCCUGGCCUGCUUCUACAGAUUUGUGUCUGUAUUAAGGUCUACUAAUUAACUAUUAGCUUUUAAUUUUUGUUUUAAUAAAUUACUAUACAGCCCACUGUGUUGCACCCCCUAUCCCUCAGCCUUUCUCACAGAAUACAAUUUAUCCGACGUUUCUUCUUUACAGUAUAAUUCACACACAUUUCAAAAUAUUCGCUUGUAAAACAAAAUAUAUUAAAACCAUAAUUAUGGUAGACUCAUUGUUGUGGGACUAGCCAAAUCGGAGGUCGUCCCACGUCGAUUCGCAUGUGCACCAUCCGAUUCAUUCUGGGCUUUAAUCUAUCCACCUUGCUGCAUUCCGUAGAACAGUUUCCAGUAGUUGGGUUUUCAUAAGCGUAGGCUUGCUGCGAGACCACCGUAAAGUUCAGACUGUUGAGGCCAUCAAGUCGGUAACGAGAUUUACCCAAGGAAAGGAUCUGCGAUCUGA